GGGCGCCUAGAUACCGCGAUACUUGGGAGAAGCUGGAGCCGAUUCUAAACCUGGGCUUUCUAGGCUUCCAGAAAGCCACCAGAUGCCACAUGGAACCAAGGGCCCCAUGCCCAGCUGCCAUACCCUCAAUGGAGAGAAAGUUCCAUGUUCUUGUGGGGGUCACAGGAAGUGUUGCUGCCCUGAAGCUGCCUCUCCUGGUGUCAAAGCUUUUGGACAUUCCUGGGCUGGAAGUCACAGUGGUAACCACUGAGAGAGCCAAACAUUUCUAUAGCCCCCAGGAUGUUCCAGUCACCCUCUACAGUGAUGCUGAUGAAUGGGAGAUGUGGAAGCGCCGCUCUGACCCAGUUCUCCACAUUGACCUCCGAAGAUGGGCUGACCUCAUGCUGGUGGCUCCCCUUGAUGCCAACACUCUGGGGAAGGUGGCCAGUGGCAUCUGUGACAACUUACUUACCUGUGUCAUCCGGGCCUGGGACCUCAGCAAGCCUCUACUCUUCUGCCCCGCCAUGAACACCGCCAUGUGGGAACACCCUCUCACUGCACAGCAGGUGGGCCAGCUCAAGGCCUUUGGCUAUGUGGAGAUUCCCUGUGUGAGCAAGAAGCUGGUGUGUGGAGACCAAGGUCUAGGAGCCAUGGCCGAGGUGGAGACCAUUGUGGGAAAAGUGAAAGAAGUACUCUUCCAGCCCAGGGGCAUCCAGCAGAGUUGAACUGGGGUUUUUGUCCUGGUGUCCAUGCACCCAGUGAGUUCAGCCUGAGCUGCUGAAGAGGGACAUCGCCACAGCAUGAAGAGCCUGUGUUCGUGAAGAGGGGCUGGCGUCCACCUUCUCAGAGCUCCCUGGGGACCGACCCUCUCCAAGUUAAACAGAACUACAGACCCAGGUCCUACCUUCUUCCAACCAGGAGAUGCCUGCUUUCCUGAGGCCAGCCCGUUUCUUCCUGGGAUAGGCCCCGAAAGCCGAAGCUGGGCAAUCAUGUUACUACUGGAAGAAUAACUGAAUGACUGAGGACCUCCUGCCUGGAAAUGCUUUUAGGAACACGAUGGCUGAAGCUGGGUAUGGUGGCUCAUGUCUAUAAUCUUAACACUCAGAAGGCUGAGGCAGGAUUGCCACAGCUUUGAAGUUGGCUUGGGCUACAGAGUGAACCAGGCCCGUGAGUGUGACAGCCUAUUUCAAAACCAAAGCAACAAGAAGAAACACCAUAGCUCAAGAUCCCUGGCACAGCAGGCUCCUGAUCAGGCCUUGGAUGCUUCCAUUCUUUGGUGGCCCGCCUUGGAUGCUUCCAUUCUUUGGUGGCCCAGUGUCACACAGAGUCAGGAAGUCUGUGAGGUGGCAAGACCCUUUUCACAUUUCCCACAGACUGUACUGAGAGUGGGGGCAGGGACAGUUCUGGGAAAUAAAGAAAAGUGACCUUAAA